GCAUCCCUAAUAAGUCAAGGUGCUUGCGUGGAAAAUAAACUUUUAAUAGAAAUCCUACCAAAUUGAAUUGUAUUGCUUUGUUUUGUAAGGAAACCAGUGCAAAAAUGGCAGCAGCAGGACCAGUACGCACGAAUUGGCAUCCCAAUAUGAAACACAACGAAGUGGAGCGAUGGAUUUGUAUUUACCCCGCUUACAUCAACAGCAAGAAGACCCGUCAAGAGGGUCGCCGGCUUCCCAAAGAGAACUGCGUUGAGAACCCAACUUAUGUGGAAAUUCGAGAUGUGCUCUCGGUGUCCAAUUUACAUUUUGUUGUUGAAAACAAACAGUACUGCCGCGAGAAGAGCAGGGAAGUCCAGUUCCGCGGACGCGUGCGCGUUCAACUACGGAAUGCUGACGGCACACUGUGCAGCAACGAAUUCGCGACACGCGAGUCCGUCAUGAAGCAUGUAGCCGGCAAAAUACCGCAGCUUAAAACGCGUCAGAAUAAACCGAACGAGCCUCAGGCACAGCCACAGUCGAGUGGAGCAACAGCUGGCUCAAGUGCUGGCGGCGGUGGCGGAGGUGGCGGAAAGAAGGGCAAGGGAAAACGCCGAUGAAUCGGCUUUGAUUUUUAAUGGCAUUUGUUUAGUUGACUUUUUGUAAUAAAAAAUUCUAUAACUUGGACAAAAGCUGUUCAUGUAUGAAGUUCAAGUGCAAGAAUUCGGCCUUGGACGUAUU